ACCGGCGGCCCCGCCCCCGCCCCCGCCCGCGCCUCGGGCGCACUUCUGGUCGCUGGGCGGCCGCGCUGGCUGGAGUCUCCGAGUUCUGCUGUCUGCCAGCCGGGGCAGCGCUCCCUCUUCGCUUCCCCUGAGGCCCUUCCCCCAAGAGCCGCGGUCCGGCAGCGCCUGGCCGGCGGCCCGCGGGCGGGCCGCCCCUCCCCGCUGUAGCCCACCCGCCUCUUAAAGCGGCGGCGGGAAGAUGAGGUUUCGGGAGCCGCUCCUGGGCGGCAGCGCCGCGAUGCCGGGCGCGUCCCUGCAGCGGGCCUGUCGCCUGCUCGUGGCCGUCUGCGCGCUGCAUCUCGGCGGCACCCUCGUCUACUACCUGGCCGGCCGCGACUUGAGCCGCCUGCCUCAGCUGGUCGGAGUUCCUACACCGCUGCAGGGCGGCUCGAACGGUGCCGCGGCGAUCGAGCAGCCCAACGGGGAGCUCCGACCCAGAGGGGCCCCGCCGUUGCCGCCUUCGGACGCUUCCUCCGAGGGGCGCUCGGGUCGCGGCUCCAGCCCAAGCACGGACUCUCAUCCUGGCCCCGGCUCCGCGAGCAACUUGACUUCGGCCCCGGUGUCCUUCACCUCAGCGCUGUCGCUGCUCGCAUGCCCUGAGGAGUCCCCACUGCUCGUCGGCCCCAUGGUGAUCGAGUUUAACAUGCCUGUGGACCUGAAGCUUGUGGAGAAACAGAACCCAGAGGUGAAGGUGGGCGGCCGCUAUACCCCCAAGAACUGCAUCUCUCCCCACAAGGUGGCCAUCGUUAUUCCGUUCCGUAACCGGCAGGAACACCUCAAGUACUGGCUGUAUUACUUGCACCCAAUCCUACAGCGUCAGCAGUUAGACUACGGCAUCUAUGUUAUCAACCAGGCUGGAGAAACCAUGUUCAACCGUGCUAAGCUCCUCAACAUUGGCUUUCAAGAGGCGCUGAAGGAUUAUGACUACAACUGCUUUGUGUUUAGUGAUGUGGACCUCAUUCCAAUGAACGACCGCAAUGCCUACAGGUGUUUCCCACAGCCACGGCACAUUUCUGUAGCCAUGGAUAAGUUUGGAUUUAGCCUACCUUAUGUUCAGUAUUUUGGAGGUGUCUCUGCUCUAAGUAAACAACAGUUUCUCACCAUCAAUGGAUUUCCUAAUAACUAUUGGGGCUGGGGAGGUGAAGAUGAUGACAUUUUUAACAGAUUAGUUUUUCGAGGUAUGUCUGUAUCUCGCCCCAAUGCUGUGGUUGGCAAAUGUCGGAUGAUCCGCCACUCAAGAGACAAGAAAAAUGAACCCAAUCCUCAGAGGUUUGACCGAAUUGCACAUACAAAGGAGACUAUGCUUUCAGAUGGUUUGAAUACACUCACUUACAAAGUGUUGGACAUAGAGAGAAAUCCGUUGUAUACCAAAAUCACAGUGGACAUCGGGACACCAAGCUAGCAUUUCGGUACACUAAUAAGAGACCUGAAAAUGGCCAGGGACCUUUGCUGUGCGUCUCUGCCAAUCUGCUGGGCUGGUCCCUUUCAUUCUUAACAAUCAGAGUGAUAGGCCCCCUUCAUUCAUCAUUCAGAUGCCUUUCCAGAUGACCAGGACGAGUGGGAUAUUUUGCCCCCAACUUGGCUCAGCAUGUGACUUCUUAGCUCUACAAGGUGUUUGUAAAUGUAGAAAACAUCAGCCUUUGGGGGAUUCUUGGUAUGUUCACAGUGUCACCCCAAAGAAUCAGUACACAGCCCGAAAUUUGGUGACUGUGGGACUCAUUCCCAGUGAUAUAAACUGCUAAUUUGUUGUGAAGUAGGUAAGAAUUUCGCUUUAAAUUGUGGUAUUCUUACUACUUUUUGAAAAAUCGGAGAGUGCUGCUGAAAUCGGAUUGGUGUGAUGUUUUUUGUUUGCAUAUUUUAACAGAAAAACACAAUCUCAACCAUUCUCCUUUUACCCUGUCCCCCACCUUCUUUUAGUGGUAUGCAACUACUACAAUCACUUGUGUGUGUGUGGGUCUAUGUGUGUGUGUGUGUGUGUCUGUCUGUCUUUUCUUAGCAAGGAGAUUUUUAAAACUUGAGCCUCGGACCUUUUGCCCUGCUAAUGUGUGAAAAUUCCAAGGCAACAUUAGUCACCAGAGCAAAAGCCUUGGGUGUUCUCACAUUCAGUGGCCUUUCUCCAGAUUGUCUGAUUUCUGAAUGUAAAGACUUUUU